AUGGACAAACUCAUAGUAUCUCUUCAAUAUUCUGGAUUUCUUGGUUCUAUAGUUUUAAACGCUCUUCUUUUGCACCUUCUCUUUCACAAAGCAAGCAGCAGUUUUGGGAGAUAUAAAAUUCUGAUGAUAUCAUUUUCGAUAUUUGCAAUAUUCUAUUCAAUUGUGGAUGUUUUAACAUUACCGGUCAUAUUUGCAAAAGGAAGAUCAAUAUGUGUUUGUUCAAAUGGACCAUUGAAAUUAUUCAGAUCGAUAGGUGUUCCAUUGACAGCUGUCUACUGUGGUUCAUUCGGACUAUGUAUUUCACUUCUGGCUCUACACUUCUUUUACAGAUAUAUUGCAGUUUGCAAGCCAGAGAAAAUGUAUUACUUUGAUGAAAAACACAUUUGUUACACUUUCGUUCUCUCAAUAUUUAUAUUCGUUGCUUGGACCAUCACCACAUAUUUCCCAAUGCUACCAGAUGAAAUGAGAGAAGAAUAUUAUAGCGAUGUUCUGAUGGAUAACUUUCUCACAGAUUCCCAUGAAACAUCAUUUUUAGUAAUGAUGUAUAAAACACCUCCCGAUCGCCCAGAACCGGUCGAGUGGAUAUAUUCCCAAUUGUUAGCAUGUGGAUUUAUGUGUUUUCAAAUGAGCACAUGUAGUUUUGUGAUGCUCUUCUGCGGUUACAAAGCUGUUGUACAGAUGAAACAUUCGGAAGUUCAUAUGAGUUCAAAAACUAGAAACUUGAGUCGACAAUUAAUGAUGACGCUCGGUGCUCAAACUCUUCUUCCAUUCACCACUGUCUUUCUUCCUGUCGGUCUCAUAAUUGUGUUGCCUGUGUUUGGAAUAGAUGUUGGUGUUGCCGCAAAUAAAACCGCUGCGUUUUUGGGAAUAUAUCCCGCUCUUGAUCCAAUGAUAGCAAUUUUUCUAAUUAAGGACUUUCGAUAUUUUGUCUUUUGCCGUUCAGAAUCUUCGUAUGUAUCAUCUGCACUUUCAUUAACUUCACACCCUUCGAAAGUUUUCAAAAUUGUGAAACGUAACAAUGCAGCUUAA